CAGAAAUAAUAUGACUAGUGUAAAACCAACACAAAGUUUAGUAUUUUUGCCUCUGUCUUCGAAGUUAUUUUCAACACAAAGACUAUAUAGUUAUGGCUCAAAUUAUUAGGAAUAUAAUUGAUAGUUAUCAUGACCUUAUGGACAAUCAAAGUGAUCCGAGAGUCAAUGAUUGGUUCCUUAUGAGUUCCCCAUUUUACACGCUUGCUAUCUGCUUAACUUAUGUAUAUAUUGUAAAAGUAUUAGGACCAAAAUUUAUGGAAAAUAGAAAACCUUUUGAAUUGAAGAAAGUUUUAGUGAUAUAUAAUCUAUUUCAAGUGAUAUUUAGCACGUGGUUAUUUUAUGAGAGUUGUGUAGCAGGUUGGUUCAGUCAUUAUAGUUACAGAUGUCAACCUGUAGAUUAUUCACGGCAACCGUUAGCCAUGCGGAUGGCAAGAGGCUGUUGGUGGUACUACAUUUCCAAAUUUACAGAAUUUUUUGACACGUUCUUCUUCGUUCUUCGUAAAAAAUACGACCAUGUUUCAACACUUCACGUUAUUCACCAUGGAGUUAUGCCAAUGUCUGUCUGGUUUGGUGUUAAAUUCACUCCCGGAGGCCAUUCCAGUUUCUUCGGAUUCUUGAACACCUUUGUCCACAUCAUUAUGUACAGUUAUUAUCUACUCGCCGCUCUUGGACCAAGGUAUCAGAAGUAUCUCUGGUGGAAGAAGUACUUGACAGCCAUCCAAAUGGUACAAUUCGUCUUAGUUAUGGUUCAUGCAUUCCAAUUACUGUUCAUUGACUGCAACUACCCCAAAGCUUUCGUCUGGUGGAUUGGAAUGCACGCAUUUAUGUUCUAUUUCUUGUUCUCCAACUUUUACAAAGAAACUUACAACAAGAAAAAGAGAGAAAGAGAAGAGGCAUUGGCAAGGAAACAAAAUGGAGUAGUCCGAAAUGGUGUUGAGAAAAAUGGCAAGCAUAAUAUUGGUAUUUGUUUCACCAGCCAAACUGCUCUUUAUGAGCACAGCAACGGAGUUAAUGGAGUUAACGGUGUUAACAAAGCCAAUGGAAUUAACGGACUUAAUAAAAUGAAUGGACUCAAUGGAGUCAAAAAAAUGGGCAACGGUUACACCUCUGAAGAAUCAAUUACCUUGAGAAACAGGACCUUUGUGGAAAAAACGGAUACAACAGCGUAACGCAUAUAAUAUUUAAAGUGAUUGAUUAUAAUUAUCAUCACAAAUGUGUAUAUAGGGUGGUAAAUCGAUAUAAAAAGUAUUUUCUAUAAAAUUUAAUAUGGAAAUAGUUUUAUAUUAGGUUUUUUAGACACUGACGAUUACAAAUUAUGUUGUAAAAUAUUAUUGUAGGUCAGUACUUAAAAAAUGUAAAAAGCUGAUAGAUAUAGGAAAAUUCGAAUUCAAGGGGAAACAUCCUGUAUGAAUGCUGUAUGUAUGUAUGUAUAUCUAGACAUUUCGUAAUAUUCUUCCUAAUUAGAAGAACUAGAAAUGAUAGGUGAUAGUCGACAUAUGUGUAGAAACCAGUUUGAAGUGAACUUUGUAUAUAGAUUUAACUUAUAUUAAAUACCUAUUUAGAUAGGUAGCAAUAUUAGAUGUAUACUAGUGGAAAUGUAACAAUAAUGUGUUUAGUCAUUUUUAAACAAAAAAUUGUCAAAAUUUUUAGUAUUUCAUAAUAAAAUUUCUUUAA